UACUCUCUUUCUCCUUGGGGACCAUCGCACGGCCUCGUUCCAUAUAUACUCCUCCACUGCCAGCGCCAACCCGCUCGUUUAUAACCCCUGCCACUCGCAGUCACCUCUUGUCAUACCCAUGUCUCUCCUCGCCCUCCCCGUCGAGCUCUUGAACGCCGUCUGCCAGCACCUCGAAUCCGACGACCUCGUCGUACUCUCCCGCACAUGUGCCACACUCUCCCCCAUCGCUCAACGUCUGCUCUACCGCGUUCUUGCCAUCUCCCAUGCCACCCACAAUCUCGAUGUCGUCCUCACUCUCGCCGCUCGCCCCCAUCUUGCUCUUUUUGUGCGCGAAUUUUCGAUCGUCAUCGAAGCGAAGACGGUCGUCUUUAAUUCCUACUACCGCGCUCUCGCCCAUGCUCUUUCUCGCAUGACCCAACUCACCUCCCUCAACAUCCGCCUCGACACUCGCGUCAGCUGGAUCCUCGGACUUACUCCGCCACAAAGACCACGUCUGCGCCACUUCGCCAGUUCCUUUCUUCUUGAUUCAUUCGUCGCCACAUUUCUCCAACAAACCCCCGCUCUGGAAGAGCUUGAGCUAGACUCGUCCGCUCCACCCUCUGCCCAUUCUGAUACACUGUCAUUGCCUUCGUCAUCUCUCCCUCGCCUCAUCCACUUCGUUGGGCCUACACAAGCCGCCAAGGUCAUCGUGCCAGGUCGCCCAGUUCAGAGAAUCCACGUUUGCGACGAGGGGAUCACCGAACAUGAAGUGGCGUGCUUCGCCCAGUCCACAGCUCCGAUUGCUGUGCUUGACGCGAUGACCACAUCCCUCGUCGUCCCCCUCCUCCAGUCGCUUGCCCACCACCUCCCCUAUCUCUCCUAUCUGCGCGUCGCAGCACCAUCACAAUCGUCAGAUGGUGGCUUCGCCCAGUCUCCACUACCAGACGCGACGUUCUACGAGCAGGUGUCCAGCGCGCUCACCAUGCUGCCGGAGUUGUCAGAGUUCGAACUAUCCGGUACGCACUGGGCGUCUCUUCCCGUGCACGAAAAGGGAGCCCACAAGGGCCCCGGACGCAUGUGGCAACGACCCUCGUUCAGCCCGGCUCUGCCGCUCGUAGCGCCCAGAGACGAAUAUUUCGAGCACUUCUCCGACUUCGGUUUCAAUGAUUUCGCUUUUGGCUUUUGACUCGCAUGUCAAGCUAGUGUCUUUGGAUCGGGAUCGGGACUGAGGAACCGCGAGCGACACUGUCAGCUGCUUACCGCUCUAUUUUUUCUCCCCUUGCUCCACCUUCGUCUUCGUCCCGUCAUGAUGUUUCUUUUUUUUGUUUGUUACGGAUGCUCUCUUUGCUUUGUAGCCUCUUCUGCUGUGAAUAUUCGUUCUGUCGUCUUCGCUUAUUACUAACAUACUUAUUGCAUCGCCUGCAGUAUUUUAUCACCGCUUUCGUAUUCGCCUCUCCAUACAGUAUACCUCGUUCUCGUCGCACUAGUCUCUUCUUC